CUGAGGAAAUACCCAGUGGGGAGUGAGACCAAUCAAUGGGUUACUGGCUGGGUGGUGGGACGGCCAGAGUCCGACUCCUUCUAUGUAGUGAUCGCUUUAGGUGGGUCCUGGGCGGAGGUUCCGCCCUCCCUUGUUCCCGGCGGAGGCGGGGCAGGACUGUUGUGGUUGAGGUAAAGGCUGGUAAUCGGUAAAGUACUUCCCGGCCAGAGGGCACCCGGGGCCGGGAGGGCUGAGCGGCUCGGCGUCGGAGGAGAGCCCCACCCGUAGAGGAACCCAGCCUUGCCAAGCGAGCGGGCGGAGCUCAGUCCUCAGGUCAGGCGGGCGGCGUAGAAAACGCAGCGGAGCCUGGUGAAACCAAGGCACCGCCGUGGGUGGCCUCGACAAUUCCUCUAGUCUGGCGGUCGGAGGACCUGAAAACGCCGUGGAGCCCUCGGCCGCCGGAGCAAGGACUGGACCCCAGCCCUUGCAGCUUCCCUUCUCUGGGCACCCACGUGCAGUCCUGGCUGUAGAAGGAGCCGCGGGCACAGAGUUCUCAACCCCCAUUUCAGCCUGUCUGUCUGUCUGUCUUAGGGAGCAGCUUUAAUGAGAGGUGAUUUCAAAGCUGCUGGGAACCUGAGGUUGUCAAAGGGACGGCAGGAAAUGAACAGCAGUAUAAAACCCAGAAGCAGAACUUGAAGGUUUAACCACUAGCCCAUUUCACAGAAUGUUUCAUACAUUUGUGGACCAAAAGAUGGAGUUGGUUUUAUUUUUAAAAAGAUAAUGUUAACGAUCUGAUACCACUACAAAUAUUCACGUGAUGAAGAUGCAUGGACUUGUCUUUUGGUUGGACUAUCACUCAUUUCUGAAAGUUUCUUCAGCCACAGUUUCUAUUUGAAAAUUCAAGUAUCAAAGGAUAUCAGGUUUAGAAUGGUAUACUGAUGUCUUUUGUCUGAGGACUGCAAAUUUCAUAGAUACCACAGUUGGAUUCCAGUGAUACUCUUCAAUCAAAGUGAUUUGAUAGACCUAAUUUUGAAGCAUUUUAUAUUUAUAAACAUCAAAAGAUGGGAGAAAAAAAUGGUGAUGCAAAAACUUUCUGGAUGGAGCUAGAAGAUGAUGGAAAAGUGGACUUCAUAUUUGAACAAGUACAGAAUGUGUUGCAGUCACUGAAACAAAAGAUCAAAAAUGGGUCUGCCACCAAUAAAGAAUAUAUCCAAGCAAUGAUUUUGGUGAAUGAAGCAACUAUAAGUAACAGUUCAACAUCAGUAAAGGAUCUUAUGCCUGUGACUCAGAAUGAACAGGAAAACAAAUCCAAUGCAUUUCCCUCCACAUCAUAUGAAAACUCCUUUCCAGAAGACUCUCCAUUUCUAUCAACAGAAAAUAAGGAAAUUAUCUCUCUGGAAGAUAAAGUUGUAGACUUCAGAGAAAAAGACUCAUUUUUGAAUUUAUCUUACCAAAGUCAUGACUGCUCUGGUGCUUGUCUGAUGAAAAUGCCACUCACCUUGAAGAAAGAAAAUCCUCUGCAGCUGCCAAUCAAAUGUCACUUCCAAAGACGACAUGCAAAGACAAACUCUCAUUCUUCGGCACUCCAUGUGAGUUAUAAAACCCCUUGUGGAAGAAGUCUACGAAACGUGGAGGAAGUUUUUCGUUACCUGCUUGAGACAGAGUGUAACUUUUUAUUUACAGAUAACUUUUCUUUCAAUACCUAUGUUCAGUUGGCUCGGAAUUACCCAAAGCAAGAAGAAGUUGUUUCUAAUGUGGAUAUUAGCAAUGGAGUGGAAUCAGUGCCCAUUUCUUUCUGUAAUGAAAUUGACAGUAGAAAGCCCCCACAGUUUAAGUACAGAAAGACUGUGUGGCCUCGAGCAUAUUAUCUAACCAACUUUGCCAGCAUGUUUACUGAUUCCUGUGACUGCUCUGAGGGCUGCAUAGACAUAACAAAAUGUGCAUGUCUUCAACUGACAGCAAGGAAUGCCAAAACUUCCCCCUUGUCAAGUGAUAAAAUAACCACUGGAUAUAAAUAUAAAAGACUACAGAGACAAAUACCUACUGGCAUUUAUGAAUGCAGCCUGUUGUGCAAAUGUAAUCGACAAUUAUGUCAAAACCGAGUCGUCCAACAUGGUCCUCAAGUGAGGCUACAGGUGUUCAAAACUGAGAAGAAAGGAUGGGGGGUACGCUGCCUAGAUGACAUUGACAGAGGGACAUUUGUUUGUAUUUAUUCAGGAAGAUUACUAAACAGAGCUAACACUGAGAAAUCUAAUGGUGUCGAUGAAAACAGGAGAGAUGAGAAUACUAUGAAAAAUGUUUUUUCAAAAAAGAGGAAAUUAGAAGUUGCAUGUUCGGAUUGUGAAGUUGAAGUUAUCCCAUUAGGAUUGGAAACACAUCCUAAAAGUGCUAAAACUGAGAAAUAUUCGCCAAAGUUCAGUAAUAAUCCCAAGGAGUUUACUAUGGAAAUGAAGUAUAGCAAUAUUUCAAGAAUUCAAUAUCAUUCAGUUAUUAGAGGUCCUGAAUCCAAGACAGCCAUGUUUCAACACAAUGGGAAGAAAAUGGAAUUUGUUUCCUCAGAGUCUGUCACUCCGGAAGAUCAUGAUGGAUUUAAACCAACCCAAGAACAUCUGAACUCUGAAACCAAGGGAGCACAAAAGAACUCAAGUUCAAACCAUGUUGAUGACUUUGAAGAUAAUCUGCUGAUUGAAUCAGAUGUGAUAGAUAUAACUAAAUGUAGAGAAGAAACUCCACCAGGGAGCAGAUGUAACCAGGCAACCACAUUGGAUAAUCAGAAUAUUAAAAAGGCAAUUGAGGUUCAAAUACAGAAGCCCCAAGAGGAACAGUCUACAACAUGUCAAAAACAGCAGGUCUUUUGUGAUGAAGAAUUGCUGAGUGAAACCGAGAAUACUUCAUCUGAUUCUCUAACAAAGUUCAGUAAAGGGAAUGUGUUUUUAUUGGAUGCCACAAAAGAAGGAAAUGUUGGCCGCUUCCUUAAUGUAUGUGAAAGCAAGGACAGAGCUAACAUGGGAUUAUGGUUAUGAAGCUGGGACUGUGCCUGAAAAGGAAAUCUUCUGCCAAUGUGGGGUUAAUAAAUGUAGAAAAAAAAUAUUAUAAAUAUGUAGCUAAUGCCUGUUUGUCAAAUUAGCUUAUCAGGCUGAAAUUAAAGCCAUGCAAAAGAAGGUAUAGGUGCAUCGGGAUAAUUCCCCUUUGUUUCCUUUGUCAUUUGGGUUCAUAUUUAUUUAGAUUUUAUUUAUGUGACUUAGAAAUUCCAGGAACACAAUUAGGACAUUUUCAUGCACAUAGGGUAUCUCGUUCACUGCUGUGCAGCUUUACAUUAGUAGGAUGGAAGUGUAUAUUUUAUAUGAAAUACCACUGUCCAACUUAUAAUUUAUUUAGAAAUUAUAUAUUAAGAGAAACAAAUGUCAUAACAAAAUUCAACUGUUGCUAAUUGCUUUUGUGACUGUUACCUUUUAGUUCAUGCCCCAAAGAGCUAAAUUUCACACUUUUACCUACGAAAUUGAUUUUUAAUUCCUGGAAAAUCAUUUGCCAUUAUGAGCUACAAAGUGGACAACAGUGCCUGAGGAACUCAUUUUAUGCAUAUUACUCCCAGUAUUUUAACACUUGUUGGAGAAGUGAUACUUGGAUCCGUAAAACACUGUCCCAUCAACUAUUUGAGUGGGGAAAGGGAGAAGCUCUUCUGUAAGAUUCUGGCAAACUCUUUGAGAUGAAUCUUCUUUUCCAUGGAUAUUCUCUACUCUUUCAAUACAAACAUAGGAAAAGAGGGAAUAGAAACCUGGAAGAACUUGAAUAUUUUUGUUCUAGACAGACUAGAGAUAUAGUUAUUGAAAAGGAAACCUAGAAAAUAGUCAAACUUGGCUUAUUUAGGCCAGAAGGAAUUGAGGUGGGCAAGAAUUUCACUUAAACACGAGAAGGACAGGCAUGAUGGCUCUCACCUGUAAUCCCAACACUUUGACAGGCAGAGGCAGGUGGAUUACUUGAGCCUAGAAGUUCGAGACCAGCUUGGGCAACAUGGCAAAACCCUGACUCUACAAAAAAUAGGAAAAUUAGCCAGGCUUGAUGGCAUGUUCCUGUAGUCCCAACUAUUCAGGAGUGAGGUGGGAAGAUCAUUUGAGCUCGGGAGGUCCAGGCUGCAAUGAGACGUGAUUUCACCACAGCACUAACAGCCUGGGCAAUAGAGCAAGACCCUGUCUCAAAUAAAAAACGCACACAUGAGAAAAGAAAGCAAUUCUGAACUGUGAAAUCUGAAAUAGCCCCUUAGUAUCUCGUGAGCAUGAUUUGCAAAUUGUUUUUUUAGCGAAAAAGCAAAAGAGUAAGCACUUUACCAUAGGUUACUUGGCCCUGAUCAUCUAUCUAGUGGAAAGGGGGACUGGGAAGCCCAAGCAGACUGGGAAACCAGACAGCUAGGAAAAGUAGCAAAACAGCCCAGCAAGCUGCUGAUGAGGAAAGUUGAGAAAUCCAUUUAUUCACUGUAGAGAUGCAGGAGUUUCAGGCAGUGUACUGAAAUGAAAAAAGAAAACUUAAAUCAAUAUGGGAAAUAUUUUUGUGCAAAAGGAAAUACUGUGGAUCAGACAGUAUUCCUUUGAGCUCUGCCUGUGGAGUCCAUUUGACCUUUUGAAAGAAAUAUAAGGUUUUCUGUUAGUUUUAUCCUCUUGGAGAAGUUUCUCCUGAAAUGUUGAUUUGCUUUAAUCUGGACUGGUUCACAGUUAUCAUCAUUCAUCCAUAACCCAGAGAUUCCCUUUGUCUCUUAUGUUGGACCCAUUUCCAGUUAGAUCCCAUUAUUUUCCUUUUCCUUGGUUUACCCUUCCACAUAUUGGUAAAGCUCUUCUGAUAGCUUUUGAAAAGGAAAAGUGAGAAGUAAAUGUUUUGAAUCUCUGUGUGUUUGAAAAUGUCUUUAUUUUACACUUAAACUUGAUUGCUGUUUUGGUUGGCAAGGUAUAGAAUUAUUGAGUGGUCUCCAUGCCCAGUUUUGAAGGCAUCUGCUAGCUUUCAGUGUUACUGCUGUGGAGUCUGAAAAUGUACUGUCUUCUGGCUUCCAGGGUGACUACUGGAAAUGGAAUGCCAUUCUGUUCCUUCUCUUUUGCAUAUGUAAUUCAUUUGUAUCUCUCUUGAAGCUUAUAGGUUUAUCUUUGUCUCCACGUUCUGCCCCCGUUAAGAGUCCAUUUUCAUCCUUUCUACUGGGUGCCUAGUGAGAUCAUUCAGUCUGAAACUAAUGAUUUUCCAUCUGUUCUCUCUUUCUGGAAUUCCUGUUUUCCAGAUGUUAGACCCCCAGAAUUGAUCUCUAAUUUUCCUAUAUUUUCUCUUAACUUACAGUUCUGUCUUCUUGCUGGGACCUUUACCUAGGACCAUUUCUCAAUUUAAUCUUCCGGUUCAUCUGUUGCAUUCUAUUUUUCUAGUCUCAUAUUUCUGAGAGCUCCCCAUCUCUGAAUAUUCUUUUUUAAAAUAUCAUCCUAUUUUACUCAUGUUUGCAGUAUUUUAUCUUUGAAGAUAUAUGCGUGUAUGUGUAUGCACACACAUAUACAUACACAUACAUGUACGCAUCUGUAUAUUCUUUCUGCAUAAUCUCUGUCUUCCAGAGUUUCUUUGUUUCCCCUGUAUGUUUGUUUUGGUCUUGAUCUUCCACAUUAUAGGCUUUCCUCAGAGUUAAUGGUCUUGGUGGUCUACUCCUAUUUAAGUGUGGAACACCAAAAAGCUUAUUGUAAGCUGAGAGUGUGGUAAAGGGCUCUGUUUUACUAUGACCUACCUGAGCUACUUUGCUGAGGAACACCCUAAUGUCAGUCUCUUUAGGGCCUUUCAUUUUGGCCUGGCAAGAAAUACUCUUCCAUCCUCCUGUAUGGAGGGCAAAAAAAAAAAAUUGGCCUCCCUGUUUUGCAGACCCCAAACUCUUGCUUCUGCAGUUAAUUUCAUAGUUGUCAAGACUAAACAAAUUGUCCUUUUUAAUAUUUCUCUUUUCUGCUGUCCCAGUUUGCAGUCUUCCUCUUUACAACCUGCUGAAAGUGGAAGAUCUCCAGUUUUCUUUUAAUUCCUCAGCAAACCACCAACUGUUAUGUCUUUUUUCCAGAACAAGUUAUUUUGUAACUAUGAUUAUAUGCAUUUAUGUUCUCUACCUGUAUAUUUGUUAAAUGCACUAAAAACCUCGACUUGUAUGGUGCUCUGUACCCUAUGGGUGCUAAAUAAAGGCUUGCUGCUGGCAAAUGGA